GCGGGUGCGGUUUUGACAGACCCGGAAAUAACCCAAUAGUUAUUGCGGGGACGGACUGCUGUGUGUCCGCCUUCGCUGCUCCCUUGUUGAAGGAAGUAAAGUCUAUCAAACAUGAGUUUCCACUACGGCCAGGUAAGAAAACACAGCGUAUUGUGUUUAAUGUUUUAUUCGUUUAUUUUAAUCUUAGGUUUAUGCGGUCCAAGUACCUCAUUAUUUGUUCCUUUGUCCUUAUUUAUCGUAACUGUGGGUAAUGUCUGUGUUACACAAGUAUAAGGAGGCAGCCAUCUGAUUUGGUUUGCUAUGGUAAUGUUAGCAUAACAGUGUUAACUAUUGCUAUGCAUAAUGUGUGUUAUUUAUAGCCUGAGUAGCUGUUUUUUUGCCCACGUAUUGUCAAAUUUAAUCGCAUUUGUACCUCUUGUGUGUAUUUUUUUUGGUUUCCGCCCACAGUAGUGUGUAUUGUCUCUCAUAUUCUGUAUAUUUGUGUCAGUGAAAGUCUGUCAGGCUAUGUCUUAGCAACAUGUGGCUACAGCUGUUAUAGUGAGAAGUUAGAUCCAUUUAGACAAUGGUUAUAGUAUCUUCAAAAUAAAGUUGUUUUUUUUAUUUAUCUUUUUUUGUAAGUUUUCCAGGGGGUGAUGGGACUGAGAAAAACUUGCUAAAUGUACCUGCUGAAUAUAAAACUAUAUGAAUCUGUUGUUAGUAGUUGAGAUCUGCAGACUAUGAAGCAAAGCUAAAUAAAGCUGAUGCUUUCUAAUUCAAAACUCAGGUAACGUCAUAAAAAAGAUAGUUACAAUUUAGAAAAUGAUAAUAGGGGAGAGUGGGGUAAGAUGAGUCAUGUUUUACAUUUCGGAUCACUACAUCAAGGCAAUCAUAGUUUUGUCUCUAACUAGUGUAUCUGCAUAUAUUUCAAGAUGUUGUUCAUCUAUGCAAACCAACAGAAUGAGGGUAAACAUAACUGUCUUGAUAAUAUAACAUGCCAAAAAAAGUGGUCUCCUAUGGUCAGCUUACCCCGUGUAUGGGGUAACUUGACCAUAGGAGCAGGGUAAGCUAAGCCAUAUCAACAUCCCAAGCGAACCCUGUUCAGUCAUUAUAUUCACCACUAAAAAUUUCAGUAAUUCAAAGUGAAGAUAAAUUUGAUAGAAAAAAUAGGCUGUAGUGUCUGUUUAAAGCAAGCAGAACACCUGUGAUAUCACACAGUUUUACAGAUUAUAAUGAAUCCAUUGACAUCAAACAUGUCAGACAGUGAUGCUCUAGACUAAGUAAACAUAUAGGAAAGAAACGUUAUGCAGGCCAAAUAUGAUCCAAGCAACAUACCGAGUUGCAUUUUACCUUGUUAGUGAAAGAAACUAAAAACGCGGUCUGCAAAUCGGGCUCAGCUCAUGUAACCAGGUUUGUCCCAUUUAGAUCCAAGAUCUCUUUUGCAAGAGAGACCUGGCCAAGAAUGGCAGCACAUACAGUUUCAAGACAUAAUCACAUUCAUCAUAUAGAAUACAAAUAAUAAUCAAAUUUUCAAAAUUAGUUAAAAGAAUUUACAAGAUUAGUCAAACAUUUGCACUCAAAUAAAACAUUUGCGCUCCUGAAGCCUGGAUGUAAUGGAAUUUAUCAUGGAUUUGGAAUCAAAUCAGCUUAUUUCACUCACUUUUGACAGUUAUAACUGAGACGGAACAAAUGCAAAUCGUAAACUUUUUACAUGUCAAGCUCACCAAGGGCCCCUUACUUCAUUGUGAGUCAGUCCCACUUUUAUCCCCACUAUGAUGCCCGUAGAAAACUUCAGUACUUUAUAAAGCUUACUCAAAAGGGUUCAAAAGAGAGUAGUAUUUCUACACAUCCCCUCUAAAAAUGGCUUACCUUAUCUGUUGCAAUCAAAAUAUAACAUCCAACUACAACUAUCUCUUUUUUCCUUCUCAUGAGUUAGGUCAUGUUGUGCUCCGUCUGUCCACACACAGCCCAUGUUUUCUUUCUUUGUAUUACUCAGUCUCAGAGACCCUUGCUCUUGUUUGUAACUUUAGGGCUAUCCAGGAAGAGGCAACCCGCCACCAGGUGCUCAAUACGGCGGAGGCCAUGCUCCCUAUGGUCAUCAACCCUCUGCUCCAUAUGGAGGUGCUCCAGGGGCAUAUGGAGCCCCAGCCUAUGGAGGGCAGUAUGGUCAUGGACCAGGCAGUGCCCCCGGCGGACCUUAUGGGGGUUAUGGAGCACAACUACAUGGAGGGCAUUAUGGACACCAUGCUCCUGCAGGUAAUUGCAAGCUUAGACAUGAGCUGAGUGAGCUCCUGCUGCACCUUUGCUGGUGAACUGAAAUUAUUCUGAACACGGAGGGACUGCAGAUAGGCUGCCGUUCCCUUUCCCCAUUGCCUUCUUUACCUCUUUUCUCCCUCUCUCUCUCUCUCUCUCUCUCUGGUGAGAUGAUGGAUAGAAAAUGACUUGCGUUCCCAGACAGUCAUGUAGAGACAGGGUUCAGUUUGCGCCCCUCAGCAGGAUUACACGGUUGGAGUGAUGACUCUGGUAAUACUGAGUGAGGGCUAAACAGAGUGAGAGACGGAUGGGUAGAGAGUGUGUGUGUGUGUGUGUGUGUGGCAGUGUGUUUACAUGUGUUUGUGGGAUUACACCGUUUCCUGUAGCAGCUCUGUCUUAGCCAGAGCAUCACAGUGUAUGUCACUAUCACUCCCCACAGGGACAGAAUCCAUCAGAACCUGGCCUGAAGUGUCACCUGUCCCUCUAUACCCAUUCAUUUUUCUGACAAUCAGCCCUCUCUCCACUCCUCCCUCGUCCUACACCAUAUUUUCUAACUCCCUAUGUGUCCUCCUCUAUGUAUCUGGAUAAUGGCCCUUUACUCCAACACUAUCUCCUUCUCGCCUAAGAUGACUUUUUUCCAACCCCCAGCCCUGCAGUUGGCCUUUUUUCAGAACCCAUGCGCUAGAAAACACUAGGCAUGUGUAAGUAAGCCAGCAAGGCCUCGUUUUGCAUAACCAAUGGCGAACUACACAUAAUCCCAGCAUCCCAACUACCGCAUUUUCUGGACUGUAAAUCGCACCAGCCAAAAAAAUGCAUAAUGAAGAAAAAACAUGUACCGGUGUAAGUCUUGUGUUUUGGGGGAAAUUUAUUUUACAAAAUCCAAGACCAAGAACAGUCAGAAUAUGUGUACGGUAUGCUAACGUAGCACGUCGAUAGUUUUUCAGCUACAUGAAGCAUAAACAACAAACUCCAUAGGUGUCUAGUAUGUUAACGUCACUUAGGUCCUUACACACCGGGACCGUUUUUGUCGUGCGAUUAUUUCGGAUGUCAAAAACAUUUUUUUUCGAACCCGUAUCAUGUCAAUACAAGCGUUCACAUCAGCGACGUUUUCCAGAUCUGCGAUAUUGCGGCAUUUAUUUUUUCGGAUCAUGGUCGAUUUUUCUAAAGUUUCCACUUCUGACCAAUAAGAUUGCGUGUUGUCGUGACGUCUGAUUCACCUGUAUAUCCAAAAUGGACGACCGGCUGAUCGUUUACUUGUCGGAGAACAGAGUGCUUUUUGAUAAAAGACACAAAUUUUACAAAGAUAACGACCUGAAGGACAACUUGUGGAGAGUCAUAGCGUCAGAUCUCUCAUAUGACGAUGGUUUGUGUGCUUUAACAGUUUGCUAAACGUCUUUGUUUUAACUUUCAUCUGUGCUAACGUAAGCUAACGGUUGUUACCAUAUUUUCAUGUGCUUAUCUUAUCGCCUCUGAUUGGCUAUAAGUGCUGACCAUUUGGCUUGAGCAUUUGGUGACGUUUCCAGCUUUUCUAGCCAAUCAAAGACGAAGGAGGUGGGACUUUACCCAGGAAAAGUCUUUUCCCCCCAGAAAGUCGCAAAAUUGCAUCGGGCUUGAUGUGUAUAGUCAGGCGUGUCAAUAUUCUCCUCCGAAUAUUUCGUAAUUUCGCGUUCUAUAUUCGCGUCGGCCCCGGUGUGUAAGGACCUUUUAUAGUCCGGAAAAUACGGUACAGAUGCAAACAAGGUGAAACGUAAGAUUUCUCCUAUCCAAUACUGAUAUACAGCUGUUUGAAAGGUUGUUAGCAGGAAGAGAAAUCCUAUCUUGAUUUCAAUCAAAAGCAUUCCUCUCCACUGAUUGAUUUGACAAAUUUGACGUGUGCCAAGCAAAGUCUUUGCUAUUUAGAAAGAUAACCAUUUAUAAGCAGUUUGGCCUAUCAGAAUCUAGUGUUUAAUACAGCUGGGUGAUUAGUAAAAGCUUAUUUCAGUGAGAUAUUCCUCAACAUAAAACACACUCUUUUUUUUUUACUUUGGGGGGAUUCUCUAUAUCUGAAAUAAGCAGCUUGCUUCCAGCCUAACAAUGACAUGCCACUUUAUUUUAAUCCCAUAGAAUCAAGAUAGCAGAAGUGAAAAGCAUCAUUUACUGCAGUCACAGUUGUAAUAUUUCUCCAUGAAUCUAGUGUUGGUGAAAUUACUAUUUUUCUAAUGUCAUUCAGAUAGAAAGUACUUUCAGGGUUAUUAUUAUGAUACACUGUUAUCUUUUAAAUCAAUUUUUUUCAACUUAAAAUCAUGAAGUCGAGUGCAGAUGUUUUAUUUUUUUAUGACUACGUUCCUGCUACACAGAGUCAGCACAGUUUCAGCUGCCAGACAGUAAAACUGUGCGUCUUCUUCUUCUUCUUCUAAUAAAUAAGUCAUUACUUCGCUUCAAAACGGGGCUACUGCUUCAUCUCCAGGAAUCCUCAAUUUUUUCUCCUCUCUUUUUCGAUGAUUUUGUUCCCAUCCCCUGCCACAUAUCAGCUUCUCCUGAAAAGUGUGAAAGCAUUACUGAAAUAAUAAUAUUUUGAAAAUUUGUAGACAGGUAAAUUUCAGAGAGGAUAAAUCAAAGUAGUAUUGAAGUAAAGGAAGAAGAAAACAGUGAAUAAUGUGCGAUCUUGAAGUGAUAGACACCUCCAAGGUGAGACUGUUGCAGCCCCUUUUUCCUCCAGUGUCCCAUUCUGACCCUUAUUUCUCCUCUCUGCAGGUAACGUCCCUCCUGGUGUUAACCCAGAGGCAUACCAGUGGUUCCACACUGUCGACACCGACCGCAGCGGCUUCAUCAACCCGAAGGAGCUGAAGCAGGCACUCGUCAACUCCAACUGGUCUGCCUUUAACGACGAGACCUGCCUCAUGAUGAUCAGUAAGCCACUCUUCAGCAGUCGAGGGAGAUCUGUGUCGAUGAAUUGGUUAGAAAAAAAAGCUUUGGCUGUGUAUCCUGAGUCCAAAAAAAGACAGAGAUACUCUUGAAAGAUUAAUAUGGCCACAGCAAAAUGAGGGGGAGUUAUUUAGGAUACUAAAUUAAUUAAAAAGAGCUGAAUAAAAGAGUGGGCCGGUUUUUUAAGUCCCCAAGUCUUUGAAAGUCGAAAACAAAAAUUCACAGCCAAAGUCAGCCCAAAAAUGACUGAGUCAUAUUUGUCCCUGCGGCUGUUUGUUUCAGGAGUCUCUCUGCAUUCCAACCGUGUUUGCCAACAGUGACUAAUGUCCUCUAUUUACCCUAAUGAGAAAUGUGUGACUCCUGUGUGCUGCAAGGAGAAGUUUCAAGAUGACAGCAGAGGGUUUACUGGAAACAAGUCCAAACACUUUUCACAUCUGUGUGUUGCACAUUAACAUGGACACUACCUGAGUGACUAAACUUGUCAUGUUUUGUAUUUCCUGUUAGACAUGUUUGACAAGACGCGGUCAGGGCGAAUAGACAUGUUUGGCUUCUCCGCACUUUGGGACUUCAUGCAGCGGUGGAAAGCGCUCUUUCAGCAGUAUGACAGGGACCGCUCAGGCUGCAUCAGCAGCACUGAGCUGCACCAAGGUAAUGUUUUCAUUAAAGACGCCACAGUUCAUAGAGAUUAGAGGAAAAAACAGACCAGAAUAAAAGCAAAAACUUCUUCUCUCUCUCUUCAGCUCUGGCUCAAAUGGGCUACAACCUGAGCCCCCAGUUUUCUGAAACAGUGGUGCAACGUUUCACCCUGCGAGGUGGACGGCCCGGCAUCCAGCUGGACCGCUUCAUCCAGGUGUGCACCCAGCUCCAAACCAUGACCCAGGUCUUCAGGGAGAGAGACACCAACAUGACGGGCAACGUGCGCAUGAGCUAUGAAGACUUCCUCUCUGGGACCAUCAGCAGGCUCAUGUGAGCCUCAUCUGCUCUGUGGAUUCACAAUGCUAUUCCAUGUUCUGACCACUUUGGCUCAGAUUUAAACCACCUUUCAGCCUAACCUGCUGCUACUGUGAACACAGUAUAUGAGCCAGCCAUCCAUCCAUUCCAUGGCUUAUUGCUGUGAGUAGAUAAACCUUAGCUCCAUGCACCUGGGACCAGGGGAUCAGCCACCAUAUGCUGUUCAUACAUUGAUGACAGUUAGGUAGUCUUUCCUUCAAAAUACCAAUACUUGAUUUAAAUUAUACAGUUUAAUUCUGAGAUGAGUGACAACUUGUCUCUUUUUCCUUCUUCAAUCUGGUGUGCGUUGCCCCGACAACCACAUCGACAAACAAUCUGUCUGGACUGAAUGAAUUCAAAGACUUGGCUUGAGAAGAUAACAUUUUAAGAAAUGUGAAAAAGUGAAAUCCUCUGUAGAUUUUUCUCUGUAAUCAACUGCAGGACAAUUACAAUACUGAACUCAAAAGUCAUAUCUUAUAUAUCAGCACACAGUGAAUAAUACAGGAUUGUGUGUUUUACUUUUAUUAUUGAAUAUAAAUAUAUCCGGAGUAGUCUGCGUUUUCACAGAAUAUCUCCAAGCAAUGGUUGCCAAAUGUAUUAAACAUGGCUUUGUAAUUAAAUGGUAAUAAAGCAAACUGAUCUUGGGGGCUAGUUCUAGGAAAAGUUAAGAAAUUUCCAAGUGUUAAUAUUUAAAGAAUAUAGAUAUAUUAAUGCUUUGCUAAAUUGCACUCUUUGUCAGCCAGUACAAUUUAAAUAACAGAAAUCUAUGGCCAAAAGACAUGGGACCCAAAAGCACUUAAAGCUUUUGUAUUUUUUUUCUCCUGCUUGAUCUCAAAGUCAGGUGAUGUUUAGAGACUUACACUCCAGAAAUGUCGUUUAUUUCCUUGAGGGAACCUUCCCAAAAGGAUAAAUAAAAUUGCAUCUGAUCUGAUCUAAUCUAUUGAAUACAUGCCAAACUGGUUCCUGAUGCCAAAAACAGAUAAAUGCUUUUAUAUCAUAUUUUUUUGGAUGUAUAAAUUAUCUUUUCUGAAUGAAUAUGCAAUGCUUAAAAAAAAUGCAGAUGCCUUCAUUACAAGAGUUGCCUUAUAGCAAGCUGAAUAAUGGAACUGAAUAAGUGCUAUGUAUCUAAAAGGAAGAAAUAUUGCAUAAAUACCACUUAACUAUCAAUAAAAGAAAUUAUGUUCAUUUCUAAGAGCUUGGACUGAGUUGUUUUGUUUUGGCAGAAAAUUAGCUUAGCUGAAGUGCGGUCCUGGAUGAACUUUACUCAAUAUGUACGACCUCAAAAAGCCUAAAAUCAGUCUUUCAUUUCUUUCUGUAAACAGAUUGGCUAAACAAAAAGAGCAAAAGAGCCAAUGUGUCUCCCCUCCACAUCUGGCACUUCUUCCCCUCACCAUCUGUUACUCUGUUUGAUCACAGAGUGUGUCAAGAGUCCUCCUGCUUCUCCCAUCGCCUCUCAAAUCAGAGAGAAUCCAUCAAAUUCUCUUGUGCGUCUUUUUUUUUGUACUCAUAUCCCACCUGCGUCUCCUCUUUUUUUCCCUGCAGGCUAAACAUAACUGUUGAAGUGUCCUUAACCACACUCUGUUCUGUUCUGUUCACACAUCAAUCUCUGUGUGGAUUUGGUUCAAAAUAUUGAGUUGAUGGACUUGAAAUUCUUGCAAAUGUGGACCAUGCUUUCAAGUUGGGAAGCAGUGCAGCAGCCUCAUGUUAUUACUGGUGAUUUAACCUAAAGCCUAAACGUCAUUUUGAUGAGGACAUUUCCCACCACUGAUCCUCAUUAUCUCAGGAAAAGAGAGUGAGUCCGAGAUUUCACUUAGUGAGGAUGUGGCAUUGCAAUCUCAUUGUCACAGUUUGUGAUUUGAAUUGAUACGAUAGUUUUAUUUUUAAACACAAAUCUUGGCAAGUUAAGCAGAACUGGCACUAGUAAUUUUGUUAUUCCUGCAGGGGGAUGAACGCAUUAUAGUUUAUCUGACAGGACUGAUUAAAUGCCAGUUCUGGCAACUACAGGGUGGACAGCGCAGAGAGAAGAGCUGCUGAAAAGAAUAAUUCUGAAGCAUGACUCAUAAUCGCUCACACAGUAUCCUGUUAAUCAAUUAUUCCAGCAGUCAUUUGAGCUAAUGAUAAAAUUUGGAUAUAGAUCUGUCCUUUUUUUUCCCCUCUCUUUCUGCUUCUUCGUGAGAAUUAAUGAGUCAGAAGUGGCCGUCACUCUCUGAAAGGCUUUGUUUCACUGCUACAGAUCAGUAUCGUGAUGUGGAAGCAACAUGAGUACAGUUUAUUGAAAAAUGUUUGCAAAUAACAUGUAGUGAUUCCCUUCAACAGCAAAAUAGAGUCAUCUAGUUUCUCCUCCCUGUAGUCAACUCUGCAAUCUUAGGUCUCCUGCUGAGUGAUUGGCAUCAACACAACUUCUCUGCAUUUUUCAUAAGCAGUUAGACAAAACAAAAGCAAAAUGGUCAUGUUAUUCACUUCAUCAAUUUUGACAGCCUCUUUGCACCAAAAUGCCCUAUAGAGGAAAAAUUCAUAUCCCGCACUCCAUGGGUCUGUCAUCCAAGAUACAGUGCCUUGAAAAAGUAUUCAUACCCCUUGAACUGAUUCAAAUGAUCAGCUCGUUAUCAAGCUCUGUGAUGGCUUGAUAACGAGCUGAUUAUUUGAAUCAGGUGUGUUGGAGCAGGGAAACAUACAACAACAGUUGUAUUACUGCUGAUACUAAAUUACACACAGGUGGACUCUAUUAACUAAUCAGGUGACUUCUGAAGGCAAUUGAUUGCACUGCAUUUUAUUUAGGUGUAUCAGAGUACAGGUGGGCUGAAUACAAAUGCAUACCUCAAAAGAUCUAAAUAAAAUAAAGUUUGUGGUUAUAGAGUGACAAAAUGUGAAGAAGUUCAAGGGGUAUGAAUACUUUUUCAAGGCACUGUACAGCACCUGUGGCUGAUGCCUUGCAAGGGUGUAACACAACAGUGGCAACAAACCUGUCAACCUUUUCUGAGUAUUUAUUUGAGAGGCUGGUUUUAUGCAAGAAUGCAUUUCAUGAUCAAAGGCAGAGAGAGAUAAAGUUUGUUGGCUGCAAGUCAAGAAAGCUAGAGGAAGGACAAACAUCCAAGUUAUGUGUUACAUAAAAAACACAGGAACAAUUCACAGGGCUUUGAGUUUAUAGGAUUAUACAGUAUUUAAUCAUCCAACAGCCCAAUGAGGCACAAUUUUCUCAACUAUACGGUGGAUAUAAAAAGUCUACACACCCCUGUUCAACUGCCAGGUUUUUGUCAUGUAAAAAAAUUUAAUCAAGAUAAAUAAUUUCACAACUUUUUCCACGUUUAAUGUGACCUAUAACCUGUACAAUGCAAUUGAAAAACAAACUGAAACCUUUAAAAAGGAAAAAUAAAAAAAUAAACAAAUUAAAAUAACCUGGUUGCGUAAAUAUACACACCCUUAAACUAAUACUAUGUUGCAGUACCUUUGGCUUUUAAUACAGCACUCAUUCUUUUUGGGUAGAAGUCUAUCAGCGUGGCACAUCUUGACGUGGCAAUAUAUGCACACUCUUCUUUGCAACACCGCUCCAAAUCUGACAGAUUGCGAGGGCAUCUCCUAUGCACAGCCCUCUUCAGAUCGCCCCACAAACGUUCAAUGGGAUUCAGGUCUGGGCUCUGGCUGGGUCAUUCCAA